AUUUUGUGUUAUUAAAGUUUUUGUGGUUUUUGUGAAAUUGUGAUAUCCAAAUGAGAUGUUACAAUAUGAUUUUAAUUUCCCCCUCAUAGUUGGAAAUUCAAAAUAUUUUGAGUAGUAACGUAAAAUAAAACAUUUCUUGAAUGCUCUAUUCUUUCUCGAUUUUGAAACGAACUGAAACAGAAGAAAGAAAAUCACAUUGCAAAAUCAUCGUGAUAUGUUGUGGCUUGUGAAACGUGGAUUAGGUUUUCUGUUACGAUUCUUCUUCCGUUCCGUUAAAGCAGCUAUGCAGUGCUUCUUCGGAAUCAGAGACGAUAAUCGCCACCCUCCUCCACCUCUUUUCAUUUCAAAUCCUCCUCGCUCCACCGCCCAGGAUGUGUUGAUUUCGUGGAAUCGUUUGUCAUCUAUAGUAUCAAAAGAAGAGAAAGAAGGUUUAGCUCGGAAUGCUGAUGUGGGGACUCAGGAUUAUGAUCAGGGACUUAGAGAUGAGGUCAAGUUUCUUAAAGCUUGUGGUACAAUAGCAGGAACACCUGCUGAAAUACGCAAAACAUCGGCGAAACUGAAAGUGUCACCUGUUUGCGAUAGUGAUUCUGACCCUUUAAGGUUUCAUUCCUGGCUUCCCAAUACAUCUGUUGAGAAACUUCAGCUGAAUGUCCCGCUAGUUGACCCACCAACUCCCAUUAAAAUUUGCCAAGAAUUGGGAGAUAGCACGGAUUCUUUUGAGCACACACCUAGCAGCUUUGUCUUCAAGGCACAAGGAACUCAACAUGACUCUCCUGACUAUGUGGAAGGGAGUUGGACAAGGAGUAUUCAUACUGCAUAUAAGACUAGAAAGAAUGAAGCUUCAGUUACACCUUGGCCAGCCGCAGACACUCAGAAGCAGAACAAAUCCGUACGUUUUAAAUGUGAAUGUGACUUGGUAUCUUAUCAAAGCCCGCCAGAUGAUUGGCAUAUGAAGAAAAACAAGUCACCAGAUAGCCAAAGUGCAUGUAAACAAUCACCUUAUCCUACCCCAUUGAAGUUGUUUGAUGAUAUGCAAACACCUGGGACUGUGUACCCUACAUCAUUAGAAGAUUUAUAUGAUGGUAAGCAUCGUGUACGGUCCCAGUUCAUCUAUCCAAAUUGCAACCCAGGUCAGAAUAUCUUCCUUAGCAAGUUACUUGAAGAGCAGGUUUUUAACCCUGAGCAAGAUUUAAGUGAGCUGGGUGAUUCUAUUGAGCGAGAUCAAAAUCAAACUCCUGCCCCUGAAAAAGGUCUGAAGAAAAUCGAAAAUGAAACUGAAUCUAAGAUCGAAGCAAGUUUGUCGUCUUGGUUAAAACCCGCAUCAAUCAUUAUGGAAGGUGAAAAUGAGGAAAUGGAGACUGCUGAUUGCAAGAUCCCGCAAUCUGCUGACAGGCCUAUUAUUGGGGUAGUUUCUGCUCAGUUGAAUGAAGAUAAGAAUUCUCAUAUUUCUCCUCCUAAGUGGCGCAUUGGUAAUGGCAUACCCAACUCAACUAAGAAGUACAAGGAGGACCAGAUGGUAAAGUGGCAUGCUACACCAUUCGAAGAGAGGUUGGAUAAAGCACUGUCUGAGGAGAAUUUUGUCUCUCAAAGGAAACUUGCUAUUGCAAAACCAGUGGCAUUUGAGGAGAUUGAGGAGUGAUACUCAACAGUCUCGGCAACAAUCAUCCACGAUCAGUGGUGUUUUUGAAACAUGUACAUGUCCAUUGAUCCAUCCCAACCAACUAUCCCCUCUUAUAUUAGAAAUCGUUCAAAUUUAGGGACUACAAUAAACUUAUCAUUCAAUAUGCUGAUUGAUUAUAGAAAUUUUGAGGUUUUAAUUAGAACUAUCAGGCUAUUUGUGACAGUACAGUUCCAUCCUCGUGGAAACAAAUAUUAUGGAGAACCUUCAUUUACUGGAAAAGUAAUAGAAAUGAAAGUUUUCAAUGAA